CCAAGGUUGAGUUGUCAGAGGAGGUUGAUAAUAGUGACACCCAAUCAGAUUUCAGCCUCUGUCUGUCCUGAGGUGAAUUACUCCUCUCAUUGGCUAGAAAUGACUAGUUACUGGUGAAACGAAACUUAACUCUGACUAUAAGUUGCAGCACAUAGCUUCAGCUCUCAUUGUCACAACAGGGAACAAUUAACAGACACGUGCAACUCCACUAAAACAGAGAUGGAACGAGGAAGAGGGACUCUGAAGAUUCUGUUCCUGUUGACACUCUGUCUGCAAGCCUUCACUGGUCAAUGCCAAGAUGCAGGCCACCCCUCUGACCUGAGGAUAGUUCUGGUGGGGAAGACUGGAUCAGGGAAGAGUGCAACAGGAAACACCAUCCUGGGGAGAAAGAUGGGGGGGUUUAAAGUAGACUUCACCGCUGGGUCUGUCACUGAUCACUGUGAGAAACAGAGUGGAGUGGUGGAUGGGAGGAAGAUUGAUGUAAUCGACACCCCGGGGCUCUAUGACACAAAACGGUCUAAAGAAGAGAGGAAAAGUGAAAUAGAGAAGGCCAUCUACAUGUCAGUCCCAGGACCUCACGCGUUCCUGCUGGUGAUCAGACUGGGGAGGUUCACAGAGGAGGAGCAGAACACUGUGAAGUGGAUCCAGGAGAACUUUGGAGAAGAUGCCUCAAAGUACAUCGUCAUUCUGUUCACUGGUGGAGACCAGCUGGAGGACAAAUCAAUGGUGGACUUUCUGAAUACGAGUGAGGAGCUUAUGAAACUCAUCAAGGUCUUUAAGGGAAGAAAUCAUGUCUUCAAUAAUAAAAAGAAGAAUGACAACACCCAGGUCACAGAGCUGCUGAAGAAGAUAGAUGAGAUGGUGAUGAAGAAUGGAGGAAAACACUACACCAAUGAGAUGUACCAGGACGUUCAGAGGAAGAUCAAAGGGGAGGAGGAGAGGAAGAGACAGGAGGAGAAGGAGAGAGAGGAGGAGGCGAAGAAGAAACAAGAGGAGGAAAUCAGAAAACGGGAAGAGAAGGCGAGAGAGGAGGAGAGGAAGAGACAGGAGGAGAAGAAGAAACAAGAGGAGGAGAUCAGAAAAUGGGAAGAGAAGGCGAGAGAGGAGGAGAGGAAGAGACAGGAGAAGAAGGAGAGAGAGGAGGAGAGGAAGAGACAGGAGGAGAAGAAGAAACAAGAGGAGGAGAUCAGAAAACGGGAAGAGAAGGCGAGAAAGGUAAGGAAGAGACAGAAGGAGAUCAGGAAGAAGGAAGAGGAGAGACUGAAAAGGUUAAAGGACAUAUCAAGAAAACUUGUUGGACUGUUAGCAACUGGUGUCACAGCGCUGUUUUCAGGACCAGCAGCUAUUGCAGUUGGAGGUGCUGUACUUGCAAAAGAGGCAGUUGAAUAUGCAUUUGAUUAUUUCACAACACAUUCCAAUUAAGCAAAUACGAGGAAGAGUAGGCAGUGUGAAGUAUCAAUCUCUUCCUCAUCUUAAUGUCAAGUAGUAGCAGAAGAGUAGAUUAUUACUGUAUAAUGACAACCAUCAGGGAUUGUUCAUCACUUUAUAAUAUGAUCAGUUAUUUAACAUGUUUAUUACUACCCUCCCUCCCUGGUCUGUGUUCUCCCUCUACCCUCCCUCCCUGGUCUGUGUUCUCCCUCUACCCUCCCUCCCUGGUCUGUGUUCUCCCUCUAGC